CACGAAUAUAAACAGAGACUGAGUUCUCGUUCCAUGACUCAGCUUUUUAUAUAAAAUUUAAAUCAAAAUUUAGGAUUACAUCCUAAUGAGAAUGUUGUUGGGAAUCAAUAGACUGUUAUUUGUUGUCACUUUUGUUGGAUUUGGUUUAACCAGUCUUCAAAGUGCUCAAUAUGGAGAUAGUUUCAUGGAAGACCUUGAAGAUGCCAUGAAAGAUGAAAAUGGUGAAAAACCCAAAAUAAUUUUGAAUAAAGAGGAGAUGGCCUUAUAUGAUCGUGACAAAGAUGGCCAUCUCAACCACAAGGAAAUGGAACAUUAUAUGAAUGAUGUUGUGCAAACUGUGUAUAAGAAGAAAGAAACAAAACAGAAAAAGAAUUCCAGCACCAAGAAAAGCUACCUGCCAAAAUUUCUUGCAAGGCUUAAUUUUAGAGAAAUUGGUAUAGCUUUGGUGACAAUAGCCCUUGUUAUUGUUGGAUGUUGCAUCUUUGUUAGAAGAAGAAAAGGAUCAAAUGGAUCAAGAAAAGGAGUACCUGUUGAAGAUCUGCGAGCAGCUCGUCUUCGCAGACUUGCCACAGAGGACUCUGCCACUAAAAGAGAAGAGCAAAAUGUUUCUAUUAAAUCACCAAAAAAUAUAAAUUCCAGGAAAGUUAAACAGACACCAAGAACAAUUGAUCCUGUUAAUGAUGAUGAUGAGUCAACUGAUGCUGAUGAUUUUGAAAUGAGUCAUAAAAACCUAGAAAAGAAAAAAAUGGUCGAAAAACUGGACAUCUUGAGCCAAUCAGAAAGCAUAAAGCACAGGACUGUCAAGCACAUUUCAACCAGUCAACCAUCCACUGCCAACCAGCCAAUCAAAUCAAUUAAUACACAAGCCGCAAAAUCCACAGCAACUACCAAUAGUGUGGCUGCAACUAUUCCGAAUGGUAAAGAUGUUAUUUCUAAGCAGUCUAACAAGAAGGUUGAGCUGGAGUUACAAACAGGCUCCAAGAAAGUGUCAUGUCCUGCACCUGUCAAGGUUGAGCUUCCAUAUAGUCAGGCAGUAAAACUAGUAUUGAGCCAAGUCCUUGAUUGCACUUUGGAAAUAAAUGAGUCACUGUCUUCAUUAAGAACUCUGCCAUUAUCACCAGUAAACACACUGUCAAUAAAACUUCAGCUGCAGUCACAUGAGCUACCCAAAACGAAAGAAAACAUGAACAUGAAAUUGCAAAAUUUGCUAUUGAAAAGAACUCACCUGGAGGUGGAACCAAUGAAAUUUGCUAUCAAAUGCUAUGACAGAUGCACACAUUCCCCAUGUAACGACCUGAAGAACACUGUGAAUGGAGGGGAGACAUGGAAUGAUGUUACUAGCGUCAUUAAGCCUGAAUGUGCACAGAUCAUAUUAAAGCAGCUUGUGCCUGCUAUUGCAAGCCCAACACCAGAUGAUGAGGACUUGUGGUCAGAUUUUCGGAAUGCAAGUCAUGCACAGGGUCCUUCCUACUAUUUCCUCAACUGCCUCGCUGGCUGGUCUUCUGAUGGUGCAGUAGUCUCAACUGAACUAUUGACCAUGCUUUUAGAGCAAGGCAAGAAGGAAUUGGAGGUCAAGGAAACAUUUGUAGGAAUGGUUUCUAUAGCAGGGAAACACAUCAGUUCAUUGAAAAAGCUGGAUGAGAUUGCCUUGCAGUCCAGUAGUUUGCUUAGAGGACUGGAGAUCCUUAUAAACCAGCCACUCAUGACAGAGUUUCUUGCUGACCAUCUCGAGAAAGAAGUAAAAGACAGCAUUGAUAUACUGGAAAUAUUUUUCCAGGAAAAGUCUUUCCUUUCCGCUUUCCUGGCCAUUACCACCUUAGAAGUACGAGUAAACGGCAAGUCUUUGGCAUCAGAACCUUUUAUCCAACUGCCUCAUUUUCCUCGUGCUUUUCAAAGCGAUGUCGAACGUGUCCAGAGUCAAAUCCAAGAUGGCAUGCAUUCCUGUCAGAAUAUCGUGCAUAAAGGUAUACGAAAAGUGUUGGCAAAGAAUCAAGAAAGUGCUUUGGCGUGGUUAGCAGCGGUUGUUACUGCCAAUGACCUUCGUUCGGCUGGAUUACUUAACGCUCACUAUGAUGAAGCUAUUUCUUGUGAUGGUUUCAUGAUGAAUCUUUGCAAUGUCCUACUUCAGCUCAGUGAGCCGUUUUUCAUCAGCAAGGGUGACGAUAAGAUCGCUAAUAUCAGUCCUUCCUACUGCGUGUCUAAUGCCUGUCGACUGGACCAUGAUAACGAACGAACACUAAGCGGCUGGAGUAUUGGUGCAGAAGGUGAAGAAAGUAAAAAGAAAACAGCUUUCUUUCUACCUGACGAAUUAAAAGGGAAGUUUAAUCUUAAAAGUGAAGUCUUCCACCUCACGCAUCGUGCUCUCCAUAUCGGCCUUAGUAAUACAAUCAAACACUACAACAAAUUGAUCAGGCAUUAUAUGCUUCAAAAGGAAAUGUUGGAAGGCAAAGACAAGGAGAAGUAUGAGCCUAUUGUGGCGCUGUUUGUCUUACAGUGGAACACAGUUCUUCAAGACCCACAGUUUAUGAGGCAGUGUUCAGAGUUCUACCUCACCAGUGCCGUAUGGCUCAUGAAACUACUGGAGAACUGCGCAGUCUCUACUGAUGAGAAGCCGUUGGCAGACGAGGACAUCAAACAGAAGGAGUAUGAACUGAUGUCUUUCAUCCCAGAGUAUUACAUCAAGGACAUGUGCUCUUGGUUUUACUACGUUGCCGUCCACAAUCCUAACAUUCUCAAGGGAUUCAAAGUCAUUCAAUUCGUCGACUGCUGUGCUAUUUUAAUGGGAUCCAAGGGAUUCAAACCGGGUCCCAUGGUGUGCAGUAAGAUCGUCACCUCGCUAUUGGCUUUUGCUGACAGCUGUGAAAAAUACAAAAAGAAGAAGUCUUUACUGGCAACAGCAAGCUGGGGAAGGGGAAUCGAAGGUGAUCUGGCAGCUUGUGUUAGAGUUUGUCCACUGAUCCGCGAGAAACUCGCCUCAGGCCUUAUACACACCUACACGUCCGUGGAUGUCGUUGAGGGACUGGACGUCGACAAGGAAGAGUUUGAUAAGUUCUCUUCAAGGACAGAGAUAGUCAACUUACUUGAGUAUCUAUGGAGAGACCCUGAGAGUAGAGGCAUGCUUACCUCACGAUGUGGAAAAGAUGAAAUACAGGGUUUUCUGAGUGCUAUUCUAGACACCUUAUUCUAUCUGCUAAACGACGGCUUAUUGCGGAUAUCCAACGUGUGUAAGCUACAAAAAUCUCUAGAAGACAAAAAAGCAUGGCAGGAACUAAGCACCAAAGAACAGGAAGAAAAGACUAAUUUCCUUAGGAGUGAAGAACAUGUAUCCAAGUCAUUUAUGAUCAUGGCAAGCUCCACUCUGAGUUUCCUAGCCAUGAUUACAGAGGAAGACAAGGUUGCUCGCUGCUUUUCUAGGCCGCCGUUAUCCCAGAGAGCUGCAUCAGCGAUUAUUGGAUUCCUGGAUACUCUUUGUGGGUCUCAUAGAUGUGAACUCAAGGUGAAGAAAAUGGAAAAUUAUUCGUUCAAUCCACGUGACAUCUUAGUCAAACUCGUCUCAAUCCUCCUCCACAUCGUAAAGUCUGGUCAAAAGGAAAACGAUACCGAGUUCGUUAAGUCUAUGGCCACUGACCCUGACUACAGCAGGCGCGUCAUGAUCCAAACUAUUAAGACCCUAAAACAGAAUGAUCUUGCUCUGGCCGACACCUUAAAAGAACUUGAAAACUUCGUUUUGCAGUGUGGCGAAGUUAGAAAAGGACACGCAGGAGAGUCAUCGGCUUCCAAGGUCACCGGAGAAGAGGAAGACGAAGAAGAAGAAGUUUCAUUUGAGCAACAAGAAGAAGAAGGGGAUAACGAGGAUAGCGCUGAGGGUGUGAAGGAAGUAGCAGCUGCUUCUACUGAAUCAAUGGAGGAGAUGUAUUUGUUAAGGCUGAAGGAUGCUUGUUACGAUACUGCUGAACUAAUGGAUGUAACAGCCUUUCAGUGCUUUCGCUCACAACCUAUAAAUACAAGGUCUGCUACGAUCCGCACUCUGAUGCGAGAGAUAACACAGCUGAAGGAAUCACUUCCGGUCCAUCCCAACUCAUCCAUAUUUGUGCGCCAGGACGAAGAACGAAUGGACUUCGUGCGGGCAUUAAUUACAGGGCCCGUAGAUACCCCGUAUAGUCGGGGAUGCUUUGUCUUCGAUGUUUAUUUCCCUUCGACGUACCCUAACGUCCCUCCACUGGUCAAACUCAUUACCACGGGUAACGGGACGGCAAGAUUUAAUCCAAAUCUUUACCAAGAUGGAAAGGUUUGUUUGAGUCUCCUUGGCACGUGGCAUGGUGGAGAUGCUAGUGAGAAAUGGGAUCCCAAGAAAUCGUCUUUGUGCCAGGUUUUGUUAUCGAUACAAGGGAUGAUUUUAAUUCCUGAUCCUUGUUUCAAUGAGCCUGGUUAUGAAGGGAUACGUGGAACUGACGAAGGCGACGACUUGUCUCGUCGUUCUAACGCCAAGAUUCGUCUACUGACCGUACGACAUGCGAUGGUAGCACAGUUGCGCCAGCCUCCUGCAGGGCUAGAAGAUGUCAUACUCACUCACUUCAAAUUACAAAAGGAAGCUAUUCUAAAGCAAGUCUCUGAUUGGCUGCAGCAGUGUAUUGAACCCGAGGAAGAGCGGCGCAUGCGCAAUGCUGUGGAAGAGCUAAAGAUAGAAUUAGACAAGCUAUAAGGUCAGGUCAGAUAUUGUAUGUUAGACACGUAUCGCCAAACUAAUAUCAUAUUGUUCCUUUUUACUUGUCAGACACUUAAAUGUGUUUUAUCCACGCGCUUUUUUACACUCCAAAGAGAUAGUCAUGGAAUUCCUAUUUAUUAUAUUUGGGAUUCCUGUGGUCUAAAUUCGAGUUCAACCCUCUCACGGUUUCUUUUCGCCAGGAAUUAAGCCCAGUCACACAAUCACAUUCUUAAUUUCUAAGAUAAUAUAAAAGUACUCCAUAAACAGUCAUCACGAUAGACAGGUUAAAAAUAGUCUAAAAAAGUAUACGUCUUCAAAAAAAAAUUAAUCAAUAAUAUUAUUCUAAUAUUAUUAAUACAUAGAAUGUAUAAAACAAUAAUAGCAUAUUACUUUUAGAGAAAAAAGAUGGAUUUCAAAAAAACAAAAUAAAAUAUUAAUAAUUAUAAAAUGUACGGAAAUUUAACCCACGCAAUCACUUUAAAUAAAACUUAUUAAGUCCUAACUACGUUUUCCGGACAAUAUCGAUAUCAUAUACUUAAACGAAAAUGUCUUGCUAUAUAUUUUACAUUAGGUCAUAUUAGUUGAAAUCGUAUACCCAAAGAAACACCUUGUUUCAAUUUAUCCCAUAAUUCAUAGCGCGCAUUUGUAAAAUAUUCGUCGUCAUGGCAACGGAGCGAGAGCCAGAUUUUCUUCUAGUAUUGAUUGAUAUCGAUAAGAGGUUAUUGCCAAGAAUAGGAUGUAAGUUUGGUUCAAAUAUUAGAUCUUUUUUUUAGCUCCCACUUGUUCAAACAAUGAGAAGACCCCACUCACUUGAAGUCGCGGUGUGACCAAUUCUGACAAUCUGUCUUGAGAAACUGAAGAAACUAUAUCGCAUUACAUUUGUUUGACUGAUUUUCCGACAAUAAAUGUCAAAAGAUAUUUUUCCUU